AUGUUCCUCUCACAUACCUGGAAUACCCAAGGUGGAUGGAAAUUCCUUUCACUAUUCCUGCAGUUUGGUUGGCCUACCAUCUUGUGUUGCUGGGCAUUUGGGGUGAUUCUCGGCUUCGCCCUGUGCAUGCUAAAUAUUCUUCCUCUCUUCGAGCUCUGUCACCAUACUGCCCUUGGCUUCACUGGCGUGAUUCCUUCCAGUUGCUGGAUCCAGAUAUUUGGCUUGCUGGGGAUUCUUUUAGGAUGCCUCCUGUUUCCGCACCUGCCAUUCUGCAAGAAGGACAAGUGCUUUCAGGAUUUUGCAUGCAUUAACCAGACUGACGAGACCAAGAUGGCCGAAGGUAUCAUGUCCAUCUCAGCUUUUCUGGUAGCUUCCAAAGAAUUGCGAGUGCUGUGGAGCCCGCCUCUGCUCUCAAGAUUGUGGUGUGUCUUCGAGAUCGCCGCAUAUCGCAAGCUGAAUCCAACGGGAAAGAUCGUGAUAGCACCUGUGGACAAUGAGAAAUCCGCGUGCAUGCUGCUCCUUUGGUGGCAAAUCUCUUGUCUUGCAUACUGGAAGGCCAGGGCGGGGCCAGAGGGAGGCAACCCUACAGCCCUGCUGGUGGUGGGGGCGUCUUUCUUUUUGGUGCUCAUCCCUGCAGCCGGACAUGCAUUGUGGCAAAGCCAGAAGAGCAGCAAUCAGCUAAGAUCCGACCUGGCCAACUUUGAUGUGACGCAGGUGAGUUGUAGCUGCGACUUCGAUCGUGAAUGCAUUCAUGGGGCCAUCACCGCUUGGUAUGGCUCUUUGGAGGCCUUCUCAGCUCAUAUGCGGGGUCCCUUCAGCCAAGAGGUCUUGGAACUGAUGCGGAUGAGUGGCACCAUUGCCUCUCAAUACAUAUAUUUGCCCAUGACACCAGGGGUUUGCCUCUCUUUGGACAAAGUGCUGGCAUUGGUGAAAGCAGGUGCUCCGGCCCAACCUGUGCUCAGCGUCUUCUUCAGCCAUGUAGUGUCCCUUAACCUGCUGUACUUUCCAGCUGUGGCUGUCUUCUGGAUUUGGGCUGCGAAGCGAGGGUUGUGGCUCGGAAGUCGCAGAUUACCGUCCGCCUUGGAGAUCAGCAUGAUUCUCGUGCUAUGCAUCAUUUCUGCGUUGGCAGGUACAUAUUCUGCUGUGAUCUUGUCAGCAAACAGUUUAGAGUCGACGCUCCUGUGGAAUUGUUUGGUCGUCGUUUUUGCGGGCUUAGUAUGGCACUUUUGCUGGCACGCAAAGUGA